AUGGAUACAGAAAAGGUACGCAACGAGACGUUUCUCGAUUCGCACGUCGACACCGAGAAAAACUACGAGCUGAGCUCCAACGCCAGCAUCGCUGCCGGCCAGUUGAAAAGAACGUUUUCGGUCUGGUCGGUGCUUGGUAUCGGUUUUGGCUUGACCAACUCCUGGUAUGGUAUUUCUGCAUCGCUCGUCACCGGAAUCCAAUCGGGCGGGCCCCUUUUGAUUGUGUACGGUAUCAUCAUCAUUGCCUUCAUUUCGUACUGUAUUGGCAUCACUCUUUCUGAGCUCUCGUCGGCCAUUCCUUCUGCGGGUGGACAGUAUGUGUGGACCAGAGUGUUGGCGCCCAAGAAGUACUCGUCGUUCUUGGCCUACUUGUGUGGCUCCUUGGCCUGGGUUGGUUCCGUGUUCACCAGUGCGUCGAUGGCUUUGUCUCUUGCCCAGACCAUCUUGGCGUUCUGGAAGUUGACCCACGCAGACUACGUCUCCAAGCCAUGGCACAACUUCGUGUUGUACCAGCUCAUCAACGCGUUCGUCAUGUUGUUCAACUGUUACGGUAAGAUCUUGCCAUACAUUGCCAACGGUGCCUUGUACACUUCGUUGUUCUCAUACACCGUCAUUUUGAUCACUGUGUUGGUCUGCGCCAGAGGCAACUACAACUCGGCCAACUUCGUGUUCGUGGACUUCCAGAACAACACUGGCUGGAAGAGCGCCGGUAUUGCAUUCAUUGUUGGUUUGAUCAACCCCAACUGGAGUUUCUCCUGUCUCGACUCUGCCUCCCACUUGGCUGAGGAGGUCCAUCAGGCUGAUAGAGUCAUCCCAAUCGCCAUUUUGGGAACCGUGACCAUCGGUUUGACCACUGCAUUGACCUACUCCAUCGCCAUGUUUUUCAGUGUCAGAAACUUGGACGCUAUCAUCAACAACGGUACUGGAAUGCCUAUUCUCGACAUCUUCUACCAAGCUCUUCAAAGCAAAGCCGGUGCGCUUUGUUUGGGUACCUUGAUGUUGCUUACCGGUACUGGUUGUACCAUCUCCUCCCACACAUGGCAAGCUAGAUUGUGCUGGUCUUUCAGCAGAGACAACGGUUUGCCAUUCUCCAAGUACCUCUCCAUUGUUGACCCUAACUUGGGAGUUCCAUUGAACGCCCACUUGUUCUCGUCCUUGGUUGUUGCCGUUUUGGGCUGCUUGUACUUGGCUUCCUCCACCGCCUUCUACUCGAUGGUGGUUGGCUGUAUCACCUUCCUUUUGUUGAGUUACAUGGUGCCAACCUGCUGUCUUCUUUACAGAGGCAGAAACAACAUCAAGCAUGGAUGUUUCUGGCUCGGAAAGUUGGGUUUGUUCGCCAACAUCAUGACUAUUGCAUGGACCAUUUUCGCCAUGGGCUUCUUCUCUCUCCCAUCCUACAUGCCAGUUACCGCCGGAACCAUGAACUACGUCAGUGCUGUGUACGCCGUGUACUUGGUUUGGGCCUUGGGAUACUGGUUCUUCCCAAUCAAGAAAUACUCUUGUAGAGAGUACUUUGCCGGUGGAGUCAGUCACAAUGAGGAGGAGGAGUUCCCAAACGUUUGUUUGACCGAAAUUUAG